CGACCUCCCCCAAGAUAAACUGAUAAUUAAGUGUUGCAACACCCCUUACACGGUGUGGCAGAGCUAGUUGGUCGUGCUGGUGUGGUGUCGUUUCUUCAGUAUUCAGGACUCGUGGCAAAAGAGCACAAUGCGGCGGACCGACGUUGCAGGAGUGGUAGUUGUACCCUACGGCCGGGUGGGUGGCAUGUUCAUAUUGAUGAGGGCGAUGGUGGGGUGUGCCUCCUUUUCCAUAUCCUUUAUUGCCUCGGGGUCAAUUCUUCUUGGAAUCGACACUGGCGGAGACUCUACUUUGACCACCAUGGGCGGCGUCUUCCUUGGUAUAGGAGUGAUGAUCUUGGUUGGAACGAUCGUGGGAGGUGUCUACUUCUACAAGAAAAUCAAGAACGACGAGCAGGAGCAGAGGAACAACCCAGGCGGUAACGUCGUGCCUCCACCACCUGGAUUAUAUCCCCAACAGACAGGGGGGAACCCUUCCUACCCACAAGUAAAUCUAACCCAAAUAGAGAAUUCAUCAGAGGCUGGAGCACACCCUUUUCAACUACAUACAUAUCCACCCACGUCUGGGGCACAUCCACCCUAUCCAGGAGCAUAUGCACCUUACCCACAAUUUCCUGUCAAACCUGGAGCAUACCCAGUACAGCCAGGAGCAUACCCAGCACAGUCAGGAGCAUACCCAGCACAGUCAGGAGCAUACCCCGCACAGCCAGGAACAUAUCCAACACAGUCAGACAACCCGCAUCCUCCACCCAGCUACCAAGAGAGUGAAGCACAGCUAAGAAACAAUCUCCAGGAGCAAACAUCGGCAGAGUGAAGCACACCCUUCUCGACUCCACUCGGCCACACCAACACAUUUAACUGUAUUUAUUAGUUGAACUGUGGUUAGCGGUGAUGAACUACAGUCGCAAAACGUGUUAACGGAUAAAUAAACUAAACUCCAGAACUAUGCUAAAAUUAAUCCAAAUACGAAAAGUAUUUCGAAAAUAUGCGAAAUGCUUUAGAUUAUCUGAACGCCUUCAAAAUUAUACAGCGGUAAAUGCAGUUUAGUAAGGUUAGCUUACCAUGCUUGCUUUCAAUCCGUGGACCCCUAGCUAGUGUAACAUUACUCUGUAAUUAAUUAACUAGAGCUGUGUACUGAUAAUCCUAUGUUUAUAAAUAUAUACCUGAACCUUAUGAUGAAAAUUCGUUAACACUGUCACGGGAAUAUAAAUUAAACUAGGAAGAUAUUUA